AUGAGUACCCUGAAUAACACUCAGGAUGCCCCCAGCGCACCAAAUUUACGUACACUCCCCAAUGAGACAGGUCUAUCUGUCUGCGGUGACGACUCCGGUGACUACUACACCGUCAUCUACACUCGAGGUCAGCUGGAUCGUGGAGGGGUAUUUGGACAGGGGCAGAUUGAAAGUAUCCCCUUUCGACACAAAUGUAUAUACAAAACACCUGUCGUUGACGGUAAGAUCGAUGUUUUGAACAUGAGCUGGAAAUAUCUCAACCCUGAUCUUGUUGAGUUAAUGAGAGCCGUCUGGAGUCGACACAACAACGGAAAUCUGGAUCUCGGAGCAUUUCGCCGUGAGGCCGGAAAUCUUCUUGUCCUUGCCGGUAAUAUCAUGGAUGAUAUCCCCUUCGCUAUUGAUGCUUAUGGUGGAAUUGAAGGCCCUAACCGCAAUGCCUAUGUCAAGAAGCUGCAUGCAGACGACGAUCGUCUCGCGUGCCAACGACGACGCCACGCCAUGAUUCUAGCUUCUCCCUGGGCAUUAGAUGACGAACAACUACUCGAAGAAAUAAAAGAACAUGAGUAUCUUAUCUCUCAAGUCUCCCAUAAUAUCGAUGCUGACAUGCACAUCGCAUUCCAUAACGUCUUGUUUCACAGACGAGAUGCGGAUCGUCUAGCUCUUCUUCAGCUGGACUGGUCCCUGAUGACUGGCCUUGAGAGCCUUUGUCUUGAUCUUUCAGGGCCCUGGAUCGAUGGUCCCAACGCGGCACUCAAGUCCUUUUGUGUUGAGCUGGGAAGUCAUCUGAAGCUCAAGACACUUGUUGUUCUUGGCCUUCCGGUGCGACAGGAAUACUGUAAGUUGGGCAAGGACUUUUGGGCCAAAACUCUCGAGAACCAGGAGUAUGUCCCGAGCACUGUCGUCAAGAGCCACUCCGAAGACAGUGACGAGAGCAACGAGAGCAACGAGAGUGACGGAAGUGAUGAUGAUCCUGAUGAAGAACUCGUCGGAUUCCCAACAUACAUCUAUUGGUUGAAGGACUGUCUUCAGCCCGGCGGCCAGAUCCAUUUUGUGAUGCAGUAUGAAUCAGAGACGGAGCCGUAA